UGAGGUUUAGGCCUAUAAGCUGCUGAUGGAGUGAUUGCGGCAGUCUUUCUUCUGACUGCUGUAAUCCACCGCUCUCUAAAAAUUUUUUCCUUAUUUUGGAAAGCAGCAAAAGCGUAAUCGUUGAUUUUUUUUUCUUUUGCUGUUGAAGUAAACGGGCAAGCACAAACUGUAUUUGCUGUGGACUCCCAUUCAAGUUCCCCCUGCUGUAGUUCCGCAUUCCAACCCCGGAUAUGUGAAACCGGUCUUAGGUUUUGUUUUUGCACUGGAACAUCCCACACAUUGGAAAAAGGCUUCAAACUCUUCAGUAUGCGCCACCCACAGAGUAAAAUUCUGGCGACACGGUGACGGAUUGUUUCAUAUUUCAUUGAGAAAACGCAGCUAACAACGGGAGACAAGAUGUUCCACACCGUCAAGAACAUUUCUGUAGUUUACAAUCCUAUUAAUCAAAACAAUACCUUCACCAAUGGAGAUUUUAUAUCGGGACAAGUUAUUCUAGAUGUUGUCAAGGACACGCAAAUGCAGUCUUUAAGUAUCAAAAUUAAAGGGAAGGCAGAAGUCCUCUGGUGGGAGCGACAUGGUAACAACACGGUUGUUUACUCUGACAAGGAAAAAUAUUAUUCAGUGGAGCGGUUCUUCGUUCAGGACGACAACACACAUGGUAAAGACUGUGAAAUGCUGAAAGAUCCUUCAGGACAGCCUUAUAGCUCAGUUGUGGCACCAGGACAUCAUGUUUAUCCAUUCAUCUUCCAGUUGCCUCAGCAGAACUUCCCACAAACUUUCCAAGGUAGAGAUGGAAAAGUUCUCUACACUUUGAAGACAAAACUGGCCAGAUCAAUGCGUGUUUCUAGCAAAGCUAAAACUGAGUUCCACUACGUACCCAGACCCGAUCUCUCUAAUCCUGAACUAAUGGCACCUCAGAAUGGAACCAAAGAUAAGCAAAUGAAACUCUUUACCUCUGGGAGUGUCUCUAUGAACAUAAACACUGAGAAAAUGGGAUAUUACCUAGGAGAGGGGUUGAAAGUUUUGGCUGAAGUUCAGAACAAUUCAUCCCGGGCAAUCAAGCCAAAAUACUGUAUGUAUCAAAAACACAGUUUUUUUGCAAGAGGCAAGAGAAGAGUUCACACAAAGGAACUUUUUAAAGAGGAGGGGGAAGUCAUCGAGCCAAACACAAAGAAAAAUAUCACCAAAGUGCUGACCAUUCCACCAAGCCUUACUGCCUCUACCCUGAACUGUAGAAUCCUUAUGAUUGAGUACAGACUCCGAGUGUACCUGGAUGUGCCGUAUGCCUCAGAUCCAGAGAUCAAAUUGCCAAUAGUGAUUCUUCCUCUUCAGUCUGCCUCAGAUUCAAAGGGUCCCCCAAGCAAUGACUUUGGAAUUUGGAACCAACAAGCAGGAGGCAAUACAUACCCCAAUCCACCUCCAUUGGCUUCAUCAGGCCCACCACCUAAUGUGGCUGGACCUCCUAGUCAGUUUGGGGGCCUUGGCUGCUGUGGGCCUCCUCCUGGUCAAUUUGCAGCCCUUGCUUAUUCUGGACCUCCUGGUCAAUUUUCUGCCCCUGCUUACUCUGGACCUCCUGGUCAAAUUGCUGCCCCUGCUUACUCUGGAGCUCCUGGUCAAAUUGCUGCCCCUGCUUACUCUGGACCUCCUGGACAAAUUGCUGCCCCUGCUUACUCUGGACCUCCCGGUCAAAUUACUUUUCCUGCUUACUCUGGACCUCCUGGUCAAUGUUCUGCCCCUGCUUACUGUGGACCUCCUGGUCAAAUUGCUGCCCCUGCUUACUCUGGACCUCCUGGUCAAAAUGCUGCCCCAGCUUACUCUGGACCUCCCGGUCCAAUUGCUGCAACUGCUUACCCUGGACCUCCAGGUUAUUUUGGGGUACCAGGUAAACUUGGUCCUUCAGUUUCAAAUUCAAAGUCUGACUCAUCAGCUCCACCUCCUUACCAGGAAUAUCGGUUAUAUCCACAGAUGCCGGACGGCCCUGAAAAUUCUGGACUGCCCCCAAAAUCUUGACAAAAUUAGUUUUGUCAUUUAUUAUUAUUAUACCAGUUAGAGCUCUUUGUUUUGUGUAAAGAUUAGAACAGUUCAUAUUAUUAUUUUUUAAAGUGAUGUUAUAUUUUAAUAAGCCAAAACAUAUGAUUCUAUAAUUUUUCUGUGUAGUGUUUUGAUACCUCCUGCAUACUUUCAUUUAAAGCCCAAGAAAUCUUGUAUUAUGUAUCAACAAAGUUGAGUACCAUCUUCCAGUAGAGUAUUCUUCUAUACAAUGACUCGAGACUUAAAUCUAUAUAUAGUAAUUUUUUCUUGAAUAAACGUCACCUUCCUAAAGUAAUGUCCUAAGUCAUUUUUUGACAAAAAUGUUUUUUUUUUUUUUUUUUUGCCUGAAUCAUCUCCUCAUGAUGUUGGCCACCUCUGAUAAAAUUUCUGAAAAAAUUACUUAGACAUUAUUUUAGGAAGGUGAUGAUAAGUAAAACUGUUUUUACUUCAAUAUAUUACUUUGUAAUAGUGGACAUUCUGUUGUUUAUUGAUGAUUAAAAAAAUAAUGGAUCUGCUUAAGAUACUCCU